UUGAACAGGUUCAGGAUCAGGGAGUGUCUUAACACAUGAGAUGUCUCACAAAGGCUCUGCCGCAUUUCGGGUGUGCUUCAUACCUUUUCCUCUCAUGUGGAAAGAAGUAUCUGAUUUGUUGCAGAUAUGAAGUACCAAGUUGUUUUGUAUCCUGUGGCUGGAAUUGUUUUCCUCCUACUUAUAUGGGGAAUUGCUUCAUUUGAUGUCCAGGAUAAAUCAACAAAAUAUUUUGGACUUUAUGAAAAAGAUCGAGUGAAACUAAAGACGGUGGAAGAGCUUGCUACUGCCAGGUCAAAGUGUGGCGUCUCCAAACUCUGUGGGCCAGGUCACUAUGCCUUCCAUAUCCGGAGUGGAGCAGCUAAUACAGUCGGGCCAAAGAUCUGUUUUGAGGGUAAAAUGAUCAUGAGUGAGGUGCACAAUAACGUGGGGAUUGGUCUGAACGUUGUGGUGGUAAAUGGUAAAACUGGAGAUGUGGAGAACAUUCGCCUUCUUAAUGGAAGCCCACAAGAGGUCCUGGCAUUCCUGAACGACAUUAAACCUGGGAUGAUUUUAUUGGCUGCCACUUAUGAUAAUGCAAAUGGAAUGUCAAAAGAGAUCAGGGAGUUUUUCACUGCACUCGGGAGCUCUAAGGUCAAGUCUUUAAAUACUCGAGACAACUGGGUGUUUGCAGCGAGAACGGGGACGCCAAAAACAGUGCAUUUUGAGCAGCUAAACGUUAAUGAGGAGACAAAAAACCUUUAUGAGGGAUGGCCAGAAACAGCGGAGACAGAAGGCUGCUUCUCAAGUUCCGUUGGACAACAAAACUUGCCUGAAGUCUGAUUCGAUGAACGGCAGGAGAAGACGUCUGCAUUCUUGUUUUUUAUCAUUUGACCCUUAAGACCAUUGAGAGUAGUCGCUGGUAGUUAAAUCCCCAGUCUUUCCUGUCAAAAUGAAAUGUACUGAUGAAUAAACAUUAUUUGAUUCAAUUAAUGUUGUUUUUGAUCUCUGCUACUUUUAGCAGAGAUCAGCUUUAGCUUUUAUCUGACAUGUCUGUUUUUCUUGUCGUGGUAUGCUUCUCCAUUUCACCUUGAAGAUCUAGGAGGACUCAGAAUCUCUUUAUUAAUUCACUCAUUUAAAAAGUAAGAGUACUGAAGUAUCAUCAGCAAAAAGUAAAGUUACAAAAAUAAAAGUACACAUUGUGCAAUAAAA